AUGGCGGUCCCCCAGCGGACGCUCACCUGGCUGUACUCGGUCCUAACAAAGGACCAUUACGACCCGAAGCAGACCUACCACGAUCCCAAUCGUGCCUAUCACGAUGUUGUCAAUGCGCUCGCCCAGUACCCUUCACUCUCGCCUCGUACCGAUGUCUACACUUACGAGAACGGGUUCUCGGCCUUGCUCCUCCACCUCGUGGGCACGUUACCUGUUGUCUUCCGCGGCUCAACCUACCGAUUUCCAGUCGCGAUCUGGAUCCCAAACACCUAUCCGCGAGAACCUCCAAUAGUCUACGUAACGCCAACGCAGGAGAUGACUGUGCGCGUUGGGCAACAUGUUACGCUGGAGGGGCGGGUGUAUCACCACUAUCUGGCGCAUUGGGCCGAGGCUUGGGAUAGGUCAACAAUUUCCGAUCUACUCUUGAUCCUCCGAGAAGUGUUUGCUAAGGAACCCCCUGUCCGAUACCGUCAACAAUUGCCCCCGCAACCACAGGAGACACCAACACCACCGCCGCUACCGCCUCUGCCAUCUGGAAUGGGACAACCAACAACAGGGAAUAAGCAGCAAAGCCCAGCUCCACCGGCGAAUGCUCCUCCGCAGCUGCCGCCAAAGGUUGGAGCAGGGAACGAAGCUCAUCACCCGCCAGCGCAACAGGUAGAACGAUAUCAAUCUCCUCCAGCACUUCCUCCUCUUCCUCCAAAGCAGUAUGAUUACAGACAAGCUUCUCCGUCAGGAUUACUCCCCAUGGCUAGCUUGGCAAAUAAAGCGCAUCAUAUCGCCCCGCAACCCUCCAUUUCACAUGCCAUGGCUCAACCAAUUCCACCUCAAUCGCCGCAUGGCCCGGCAACAUACAAUACAAGUGGUAGCGGACCGGUGAGUCCAGGCGCUGGUUCUGCUUAUCAGGGGACAUUCCCUCAGACAGGACAAUUCGGAUCCCCAAAAUCGGUCCAACAAUCACCCUAUCGCCCCCAGGUCCAGGCACCACAAGCGCAAUAUUUGGGAUACCAACCCCGUCCGCCGCCACAGCAGCAACCACCAGUUGGGCCACCUUAUCCCCAACAUUCACCCCACCCACAAGGCUUCCAACAGCGACCACCCCCAGCAACGCCGGCGCCUAAGAAAGAAACUCCAGACCUUCUCACCUCGCCUUUUGAGCUCGAACUGCCAUCCUUCACGCCAGCGGGUCCAGCACCCCCAAUCCCGCCGAACCCUGAAAAGGAUGCCUUGCUUCAUGCCGUGUCCAAGACUCUUGCCGAGACUCUCCACGCUCAUGCGGCGCAGUCUGAUACCGCAGCCCAAUCAUUGGUCUCCCAAUCGCGAUCCCUACACGCCGCCAUGGCCACACUGCAAGGCGAAGUGACAGCGCUGAAUUCGCUCCAUGCAUCCCUCCAAUCCAACACCGGCAUCUUGCAACAAUGCAUUCACCGCGCCGACGCCACCAUCGCUGAUGCUCAAACUCGCUCCACGUCUGUGUCAGCCUCUGCGCCAUCUACUUCAGCCGCAGCUGGAUCCUCAGAGGGUCCAUUGGGUCUACCUCCAAUCGAUGAGGUCUUGGUCGCUCCCACGGUGGUGGGCAAGCAACUUUACGAUCUGGUCGCGGAGGAACAAGGGCUUCAGGCUGCUCUGUAUGCGCUCCAGGCAGCUUUGGUUCGCGGUGUGAUUGGCGUCGACUCCUGGUCGCGACACACGCGAGGUCUUGCUCGAGAAGCCUUCCUCAAGCGAGCGCUCAUUCGCAAGAUCGGACGUGGAAUGGGACUGGAGGGGGCUUGA